UAUAAGGAGAUGUCCCACCCUCCUAACCCACCAAGGGGCCUUACCUAAGAUCCGGGCUGCAUUGCACUCACCUUCCUCCCACUUCGCAACCCCUCCAACUCUGAACAUCUACGCUGCGGUAUCUUUCCGUCGCCCUUUGACAAACACACCAACCCCAAGCCUCUCGAUACCCACACACAACUCAUCAUGGGCGCAAAGGUUCCACGCAACUUCAGGCUCCUUGAGGAGCUUGAGAAGGGCGAGAAGGGUCUCGGAGCAGAGGCUUGCUCCUACGGUCUGAAUGAUGCCGAGGACCUCUUGAUGUCCGACUGGAACGGAACCAUUCUCGGACCCCCUCACAGCGUUCACGAGAACAGAAUCUACUCCCUCAAAAUGCACUGCGGUCCCAACUACCCCGACGAGCCUCCCACGAUACAAUUUGUGAGCCAGGUCAACCUGCCCUGCGUCAAUUCUCGCAACGGCGUUGUCGAUCACAGACAGCUUCCCUGCUUGGCCAACUGGAAGAGAGAUAACACCAUGGAGACCAUCCUCAUUGAGCUUAGAAGAUACAUGGCGGCUCCUGCGAACAAGAAGAUCGCUCAGCCUCCCGAAGGUUCUACAUACCCGUAGUGGCCUAUGUUCAUGAUUCCCAACGAUGCGCGAAAGAGGGUUUGGCUGGGU